CUCAGUGUGGUGAAUGUAAAUUUUUGAAAUUAAGGGAGUGGUUAUUGCCCUUUUGUUUUUGUUCUAUUAUACACAAGAAAUUAGAUUGUUCUAAUUUACCAGAACCUCCUAAUGUGCUUCGGUGACAUCUUUAACAUCAACCGUGUUUACACAGUUCAACGGCAGAUUCAUUGCACUUGAACCACGGCAUGACGGGUCUCACAAGACUGUUUUUGAUAUAAACUAAAAUCACCCCAGCUGCAUGCAGCCCACCAAGGAAACUGUGGCAUUCCAGUAAAAAAAAGGGGCACACUGGCUGUCUACCUGGAGCGGCGUUACUUAAGCCAAGAAGACAGUGACUUUUUUCAGCUAGUUACGUCAGAUAUUGGCUUUUUCUUACAAAAAGCAACAGUUGACAGUGUCCUGGUCUUUCCUCCAGUAGACAACUAUCAUCGUUUAUUAAUUCACAAAGCUACAGAAGAUUUCCAAGAUUUGUGUAGUUUUUCAAUAGGAGAAGGAGAAGACAGGAGAACUACUGUCUGUCACCAACUCACAGUACUGAGGGGCUUUCAGAUGGAGAAUGACAGAAUUGCGAAAGUACAAGGCAGAGACAAAAAGAACAGUAAACCUGCAAGUGAAGAUUUUCCAGUAGAACAGUCCAAGACUAGAAACAGAACCUCAUCAGAAUCUCCACUGUCACAGAGAAGGAAAAAUAAGGAUGAUGAAAAGAAGAGAACAAGAACAAAGCGACCAGAAGUGCAAGUUUAUGUACCAAGAGGGAGACGUACACAAGAUGUUUCACCUUUACCAACUGAUAUAGAUAAUCAGCUUCAUUGGCAAGCUACACAUGCUUCUAGGGAAAAUUCUCGGGAGAAUGUGCCUACCCAACAACGUGUAAAAACCUUGGAGGAUGCAGCAGAAAGUGAGACUGCAGCAUUUCAAGUACCACAACUUGGUAGAUCCCGGAAAUCAAGACCUAGUGCUCAGGUAUAUGUACCUAGACAAAGAAGGCAGCAAGCACAAGAUGCUUCUUCAGAAGAUGGUAUUAAAGUUGAUACAACAGAUGAAACUAAUGAAACUAGACCAGUUGAAGAACCCAAAGGGGGAAAUGCUAUAGCUGUGCAAGACAAACCCAUUAAAUCUGAAAAUGAAAGAAAUUUUGGAGAAAGUUCAAGUGGAAUAUCUGUGAUCAAUUCAUAUGACAAAAAUGACUCUUUAAGAGAAUUAGAACUGACAAAAUUAAAAACCUGUAAGCACAAAAAACAUAAACAUAAUUCAAAAUCAGAGGAUAAUCUCUCAAAUUCCCUAGUUGGUGAAGAAAAGGGAAACAGAAAAAGGAAGUUGAAUAACAAACACAAACAGCACUCCAGGUCGCCAUUAGAACAUUCUGGGAAAAUGGAAGCAUCUCCUGUCGAAAGAAGAAGUCCAAUCAAUCAAACUGUGGAUGAUGAGUUUAGUUCAACAUCUGAUGGCAAAAAUGCAUUGCCAUUAGUACAAAAGGAGGAUGUAGUAUGUAAUGAGUUGGAGUUACCUACAUCUCUAAACAAGGGUGAAACCUCCACAGUGGAAAUGCUAUUAAAUUCAAGUAACAUAAACGAAGAUGACAAGGACAAAGAUGUUGAUGUACAGUCAGAUGUACAUAUAGGAGAAACACUUAAAGGGGCAGAAUCUUCGGACUCUGUGUAUAGUGAUGCACAGCAGAGUGUCCAGGGUGAGACUGAUCAUGUAGAAAUGGAACAGCCUUGUGCCCAAAGAUUGGAGGAGGAAACAACUGUCUUGCUUAUGAAUUAUUCAGGGUCUGAAGAGAAUACUCUUAUAGAGGGGGAGUCCUUACCAGUAGACUUAAGGGGGGAAACGGUUCACUUUCAACAGUCAACAGAUUGUUUAACAGAGGAAAAUGUUAAUAAAGAGGAAACCAUAUCAAAUACAUGCAGGGACACAUACCACAAUGGGGUUUGCUCUGAGGAAACAACUCAGGAACUUCAAAAAGAAGAUGAAGUAUUAGAAAUGAAAAAUGAACCAAUUCCUGAACACAUUAAUGAAACAAAUAGAAUGCCAACUGAAAUAAACAAUAUAAAUAAAGUAGAAUUCUCAGAAAAAGAUGAUCUUAUAGACAAGAAUUGUACUAACCCAAUAUCUGACAAAUCUUUACAUGAAGAAAAUCUGUUGGUAACUACAUGUAAUACCAGUUAUGUCAGUGAAGAAAAUGUAGAACAAACUCAAGAUGAAGAUGAAGAAGAAGCUGAAGAUUCAUGGGAUAAAAUGUUUGAUGAUGAUGGAGAGUGUCUAGAUCCUAAGUUAAUGGAGGAGUUGACCGUCGCAGUGGGGAAGGUGAAGGUACAAAAACCUCAGUUUGAUUACCUCAACUUCCAGCCUAAAGACCCAGAGUUGGACCAGGAGUUGUAUGGGCAUCUCAUAGAAAUAUAUGACUUCCCAAAAGAAUUUGAAACAAGGGAUCUUAUAACUGCAUUUCAGGCUUUUAUGAGUAGGGGGUUUGAUAUCAAGUGGGUUGAUGACACUCAUGCUAUAGGUGUUUUUGCAAGUGCUGUGGCAGCUCAGGAUGCUCUCUGCAUGACCCAUCCUCUCUUCAAAACACGUCCAGUUUCCCAGGCUACAAGGCAGACUAAAGUGAAGGCUAAGAGGUGCACUGAAUUUUUACAGCCAUACAAGCCCCGUCCAGAGACCACUGCUGCAGCUGCCAGGAGAUUGGUAGCAGGUGCCCUGGGGAUUGCCACCAAUGUGCCCAGAGAGAAAAGAGAACUAGAAAGAAAACAGCUGAAAGAAGCAAAAGAACGUAAACGGCAGCAGUCAAAACUCAAACGAGAUGCAUGGGAUGGCACAAUAGGAGGACGAUGUGCAAUGGACAUAGAAGACGACUGACCCAUGAUUGAAGCCAUAUUAGACAAUUUGAUUUCUUCAGAAAUCUAGCUUAACCUCAACCCUCUAGGUACCCCACCAGAUAUGCUAGAAAAAAGUUAUAUAUUAGUUACUGAAAUGCCAUCACUAGAACUUGAGUGAAAUACUUAUUCUGAACAUGGCUCAAUACACUUUUUUCCACUUAUUUAAAUUCUUUUUGAAAAUGGAAAUUUACAGAAAACGUAAUACCAAGUAUUGUUUGAAAAACCAUUUCUUGCUUUAAGUUUGCCCAUUAUAUUUUCUAUUUUAUGUUUUUAUAAAUACAGUGGGCAUUCCAUAACUUCAAUUAUAGAACAUCACAACUUUAAAAAGUUUUAAUUUGCAUUUUUUAAAUAUUUUUACUUGAUGGCAAUUUAGCUAAGUGUAUUUAAUAACUUGCUUUGUACUUGCUUAAAGAUCUUGUUAUGUGAAAUAUUUGGCAGUGCAAAAUAUUGACUUUUAAAUAUUUGAUGUAUUAAGGAUGUAAUGAUGCUCUUUAGCAGAAUCUAAACUUUUAAUAGAACUGAAAAAUAAAAAGAUUUUUUCUCCUUCA